ACCAGCAUAUUCAAUCCGAUCGCGCCGACCCUCCAAUCAAUCGACAAAGCACACCCUACCUGCACUACAACCUUCCAGGCGCAUCAUAUCAUCAACUCGAGUUGCCCCUUUCUUGUUUUGUUUUCUUGGAUCGUGCCACGCUUCUCCUACGCCUAUACCGUAUUAGCAGUCCUACAACAAAGUCAAGAUGCCGUCGCUUUGCGGAUUAGGAGGAUCAAAGACAGUACAGCGUAAGCUGGUUCUUUUGGGAGACGGUGCUUGCGGAAAGACAUCUUUACUGAACGUCUUCACGCGAGGAUAUUUCCCGACAGUUUAUGAGCCUACGGUCUUCGAAAACUACGUUCACGAUAUUUUUGUGGAUAACGUGCACAUCGAACUAUCAUUAUGGGAUACAGCCGGACAAGAAGAAUUCGACCGCUUACGAAGUCUCUCCUACGAUAACACAGACGUAGUUGUGCUCUGUUUUAGCGUCGAUAGUAAAGACUCGCUAGAAAACGUGGAAAGCAAAUGGGUUGGCGAGAUCCAGGAGAAUUGUCCCGGUGUGAAGCUGGUCUUAGUAGCCCUCAAGUGCGAUCUACGAGAGAACAACGAGGAAGAAGACGAUGCUGCUGCGAGCGGAACAGACGGUCCCCAAAGAGAAAAGAAGCCCAUGAUCGACUACAACCAAGGCCUAGAUGUUGCGCGGCGCAUUAAGGCUAUGCGCUACCUCGAGUGCUCAGCCAUGAGGAAUCGAGGCGUCAAUGAGGCCUUCACCGAGGCUGCUCGAGUGGCUCUGAGUGUCAAACCAAGCGGCGAGGGCGAUUCGAAGUGUACUGUCAUGUAAGAUCGGUACGAAUUUGUGCUACCCGACUCGAUACGAAUUUCCUUCCACAGGCCCUGGACAAAGCGCAGGAGUUUGGGAUCAUAAGAAUAUCCCUAUUAUUUUAUUUUAUUUUUUUGGAGUGCCAAUACAAACUAACCAACGCUGUGCGCGGGCGCAGCACCACGAACCUGUCCUCGAUACAGUUCAUUU